AUGCACUUUGUCACUAAGAAUUCAAAGCUCUUGUGUAAGAUUCAGUACUAUGGCGACACAGAGGAUGUACUGUCACUCGGUGCAGACGUGUUGCCGGAGUACAAGCUCCAAGCCCCUCGCAUCCACAAGUGGACAGUGUUGCACUACAGCCCCUUCAAGGCCGUGUGGGACUGGCUCAUCCUGCUGCUGGUCAUCUACACCGCCAUCCUGACCCCAUACUCAGCCGCAUUCCUCCUCAAUGACCAGGAAGAGGUUGCCAUGCAGAGUUGUGGUUACUCCUGCUCUCCUCUCAAUGUGGUGGACCUAAUGGUGGAUAUCAUGUUCAUCAUUGACAUCCUCAUCAACUUCAGGACAACUUAUGUGAACGCUAACGAUGAAGUGGUGAGUCACCCAGUGCGUAUUGCUGUCCACUACUUCAAAGGCUGGUUCCUCAUCGACAUGGUGGCCGCUAUUCCCUUUGACCUGCUCAUCUAUCGCAACGGAGAGGAGACCACCACUCUGAUUGGUCUGCUGAAAACUGCUCGCCUCCUGCGAUUGGUCCGUGUCGCCAGAAAGCUGGAUCGCUACUCGGAGUACGGCGCAGCUGUCCUGUUCCUCCUCAUGUGCACCUUCGCCCUCAUCGCUCACUGGCUGGCCUGCAUCUGGUAUGCCAUCGGUAGUGUGGAGAGAAAUGGUUCAAUUGGCUGGCUCCACACACUUGGGGACCAACUGGGAAAACACUACAAUGACUCCAUCCCAGGUACUGGACCUUCUAUCAAAGACAAGUACGUCACAGCUCUGUACUUCACCUUCAGCAGUCUGACCAGUGUGGGAUUUGGAAAUGUUUCCCCAAACACCAACUCUGAGAAGAUCUUCUCCAUCUGUGUCAUGCUCAUCGGAUCUCUGAUGUACGCCAGCAUCUUUGGGAAUGUGUCAGCCAUCAUCCAGCGGCUGUACUCUGGGACGGCCCGCUACCACACCCAGAUGCUCAGAGUCAGGGAGUUCAUCCGUUUCCACCAGAUCCCCAACCCGCUCAGGCAGAGGCUGGAGGAGUAUUUCCAACACGCCUGGUCCUACACCAAUGGCAUUGACAUGAAUGCUGUGCUGAAAGGUUUCCCUGAGUGUCUCCAGGCAGAUAUCUGCCUCCAUCUGAACCGGACCUUGCUGCAGAACUGUAAGGCUUUUAAAGGCUCCACCAAGGGCUGCCUCAGGGCGCUGGCCAUGAAGUUCAAGACCACCCACGCGCCUCCGGGUGACACGCUGGUCCACGCCGGGGACGUGCUCACUGCCCUCUACUUUAUAUCCAGGGGAUCCAUAGAGAUACUGAGAGGAGAUGUGGUGGUAGCCAUCUUGGGGAAAAAUGACAUCUUUGGCGAGCCCAUCAACCUGUAUUCCCGGCCGGGUAAAUCCAACGCUGAUGUGAGGGCUCUAACCUACUGUGACCUCCAUAAAAUCUUCAGAGAAGACGUUCUGGAGGUGCUGGACAUGUAUCCUGAGUUUGGAGACAACUUCUGGAACAACCUGGAAAUCACCUUCAACCUCCGGGAUACCAACAUGAUCCCAGGCUCUCCAAGCAGUGGUGACUCAAACUGCGGGGGAUUCAACAAAUUACGGAGACGCAAAUUAUCAUUCCGACGACGUACAGAAAAAGAUGAUGCAGAUGCCGGAGAAAUUAAAAAGUCCCAUAAGUCUGUGAGACGAAGACAUAGGGAGGCAGCUAACCAUAAACAGGAGGAGGCGCCUAAGAGGAAGUGGGAGGCACAUCGGAGCUCAGUGUCGUCUCACUCCAGUGGCGAUGAGGGGGAGGAGUCUGUUGUGACGGGCCUCGCCCCUCCUCCUGAAGUUCUGGGUAACCCACAGGCUCAGGCCACGCCCAUGAACUUUAAAGAGAACUCUGAGGCCGAUGGAGACCCCAAGACUGGGAACACCUGCAAUGCCCUGUCAGGUGCUUUCUCAGGCGUGUCUAACAUCUUCAGUUUCUGGGGGGAGAGUCGGGGAGGCGGUCAAUACCAAGAGGUUCCCAGCUGUAGCCUGGCCUCCCCGCCGCCGCUCAACACGCCGAUACACAGCCUGAGCCGCCAGCAACGCAACCAGUUGGACACACGACUGGACCUGCUGCAGAAACAACUCAACAG